UAUCUCCAUGCUUGAAGAGUAGCGUUUGCAUGCAAAUAUUUUUUUAGAUAAUAUAGACUGGCCAGUAUUACUUCCGAGAUGGUAGCUAAUGAAGUAAAGGAGAAUAUCCGAGCUGUCCUUUUGUCAAAGACUGAUGGCAGUGGAAUCCUGGUCAGCGCCUUCUUGCGAGACUACAAGACCAUUAUACACAAGCCUCUUUUGUAUAAGGAUAUGGGAUACACCAACCUGGAAGCCAUGAUAAAAGACAUACCUGAUGUUUGUAGGUUAGAAUAUUCAGAGAAGGACAUGGCAUACAAGCUAUAUGGAAUCUCAAAGCCCAACACAUUUGUCUCAUCCUUCGUGAAGAAAGCCGAGGGCAGCAGUACCAGAGGCAAGCAGUCCAAGGCCAACCUGGAUGAUGUGAAAGGGGAGAGAUUCACCCCGUCCUCGGACCUCAGUGAGAAAUGGGAGCCAAGUACUAGAGGAUUGUUUUCUCUGGUGUUUAACUGCAAGAAAACUCAUUUAGACGAAGAGGAGGAGAUUGUAAACAAAUUUUCAGAAGUUGGUACUGUGGCUGAAGUUAACAUUCUUCCAGCUGGACUUGCUUUUGUUCGUUUCCGAAAUGAACAAGAGGCUAAAAGAGCGGUUGAACUAUGGGGCGAUGAGAUUGGUGUUAAGCGUGCUGAAGAGAGGAUGGGGGAAAAAAGAGGGCCAGGGGACCGAGGUCGGAGGUCAGGAAAUAAAGGUUCAGACCCUAGCAACAGAAGGGGUGAUAAUAGAAAUCAGGGUGGUGCUUACUUUAAUAAGUCUAAUAAUAACAACAGAAACUUUGCAAAGCAGGAAGUAAUACAAUUAGCUGGAUCCGACUGUGAUUGGGAAAGUGAACUUGAGCAAGAACCGCUACCAGUGCAACCAGGGUCAUAUAAAGGUGCGACUGCUGUUACUCAAAAUGAGAGACGUGGUAAUGUUGAACAUAGCAAUAAUUGGCAAGGCAAGGCAGCAUAUGAGGGUGGAAACAACAUGGGACUGAGCAAAGGACAUAUAAAUGGUCGAAGAACGGAGGCUGAAGAGAUUAGGACCCGACCUGCCCCAAAUUUGCACAGUCCAGCACCACACAAUACAGGGACCAGCAGUGUUAAGCAGGUGUAUGUGGGAAACUGGCCCAAGGAAGCUUCUAAGGAGGAAUUAGAGCAGCUUGUAUCCAAGUACAAACACAGCCAGGUCCACAUGUACACUGACAAGAAGUCCAUUGAUAAGAAGUAUGCGUUUGUUGACUGCCUCUCACUGGAGGAGGCAGAGAGAAUGGUUCUUGAUUUGAAUGAUUAUAUCUUCCACAACCGCAACCUGCUGGUCCGACUUGGCAACAGGUCUGCCAAACAAGUACUUGAAGCGCAGAAGGAGUCUGGGGGUGUAGCCAGUGAUCAGGAGAGCACUGUCUCUCAAAAGGCUAUAAACAAACAUCCUCCAUCACAGCCCAACAACUUUAGGGAUGUACGUGGCAGAAGGGGCCAGGGUCGACCUCCCACAUCCCCCGCCGGGUCUGUCGGCAAAUCAGGGCGUUCAGAACAGCUUGAGGACAGUGGGUUUAUAGCAGACGAGAUGCCGCCACUGGAAGAAUUAUGCAUCUCACCCAAGAUGCCAAGUCUUGUGGGUGUAUCACCCACCAACCAGAUGCCCUGGUUAGAGCAGAACACUUUAAAUGGGUACCCACACGAUAUGCCUCCCACCGAGCUGGCAUCCCCAAUUAAAGGGGCCAUGGGAAAAAAGGGCCAGCAAGAGGGCAUCAGGCUAUUUAUCAGCAAUUUUCCAUAUGGAACAUCAAAGGACGAACUAUGGUAUCUGUUUGAGCGUUUUAGUGUUUUGGACAUAGUGAUCGUUAAUCAAAGUGUCAUGCAUAGAAGUACAUAUGCGUAUGUGACACUGCGAGAUAUGGAGGUGGCAAUGCAGGCCAUUAUGGCACUGGACCAGUCGAUGUUUAAAGGGAGAAAGCUGACUGUUGCCUUGCCUCCAGAGUACCUCCCCAUCACGGAACAGUCCACUGAGACCCUGGCCCCAACAAGAAACAAUAUGGACAAUCCCACUGGUUUGCCCCAUAUGCACUCUCAUGGAUCUCACAAAUCCGGUACCAACUACACCCAUAGAGCCCCAGGGGGUUAUCCAGGUGGCUCUGAGCCCCACUCCUCAAACCACAGAGAUCAACACCAUUAUCAGUACCAGAAAAGGGAGCAAAAUGCUGAAAUCAACUACAGGCCGGCAAACUACACUCAAAACGACAGUGAACAUGACCAAAGUUAUCAAUACAACAGAGGCUCAGAGAUGGAAAACUAUAGCCGCAAGGAUAAUCAACAUGACCAAAGCUUGCAACAAAACAAUCGACUUGUCACCCAGAAUGAUUUCAACUUCCAGCGUCUUACAAACAAAUUUCGGGAGUUCACACGGAUUAUUAUAAAAAUGUCUGCAGAGCACAAUGAGUACAUGCAAGUCGGCAUGAGGAUGAAACUGCAUGUGACACAUGUUGAGAAUGAGAAGUUCUUCUGGGCCCAGCUGCUGCAAGAUUCUAUUGAAGGAGAAAACAGGAACAUUGGGCGGUUGGUCGACCUCCAAGCCGAGAUACAGAAGCCAAACAUUCGCACAAACCAUGUGAGGUCGCUAGGAAGGUGCAUUGCCAAAUACAAUGGAGACUGGUACAGGGCUUGGUGUGUGAGCGAGACCAUAAAGAACGGGGAGGAAAUGGGCGAGUUCAUGUUCAUUGAUUAUGGCAACAAGAACUUGCUCCCAAAAUCUGAAGCCUUCUACUGUAACAACAUCCCACGCCUCUGGACCCUGCCUCCUAUGGCCCUGCCUUACAAACUGCCUCGGGUGGAGUUGAAGCUUCACGAGUACCUUGAGAAGCCAGUGAUUGUUGAAGUGCUUGAAGUUGGUACAUCAAAGACAAACAUGGUAACGACAAUUAAUAUCCUGGAAGCGUGAACAAGGACUAGAUAUACGGUACUUUAAUGCCGGACCAGUCUUGGGGAGAACUAGCACAGACAAGAGCUUCAGUUAUAUAACUAGAUUUAUGUAUUCUUUGUUGUUGACAGGUGCCUGUUUAAGAUGUUUAGUAUUGCAUCUGUCCAUGUCUGCACCAAAAGCCACUUUGAAUGAUUAUUAAGUGUUUGAGUCAUUUUGCAGUGGCUUAGUAAGAAAAUAUAUAUAAAAUACCAUAUGUUGAAAUAAAAUUGGUUUGGUAGAAAUGUAAGCACACAAGAAUAAUUUUGCAUUUAGUUAGAGAUGUUCUUUCAUGAUGAUUGUAAUUAAUCCAUUAUAACUAAAUCAUUUGUACGUUGGGAAGUUUACGUAAUUUUAACAUAAAAAUAAAAAUUGUUGUUGAAAAUGUUUUUGAAUCAGUGAAAAUGACAUUCAAUGCAACCUGAAUUGAUGGUAGAAAACUGGCAUAUAUCAUCGAACGCUACAUCUAGAUUUCUGGUAUCCAUGACGUCAGACCAACGUGAACUUGCACAGGUCAGAUUUAUCAUAACAUUUGCAAAAACAGUAUAACCUAUAUAGUAUGGUCACGGACCUAGGUCCUUGCUAUGAAAGCACCAUCAUUCCACUAAUCCAGAGAUGUGACAUUUUUGUCACAUCUUUAUUUGUGUUUUUUCUGAAAACUUGAAUAUGUUAUUUUAAGAGGUUACUAGAACAAAUCUUAUUUCAAAAUUAUUAUUACUUCCACUGUUCACAAGUUAGUUCAUUGGUUUCUUGAAUUUUUACUCAAUGGUGGAUAACCAACCUGGUCUUUUGUUAUUUUGAAUAAACGUUCUGCCAUUUCCUAAUCUUGCAUGCAACUUAACUUGAAAACAGAUAUCUAUACUUUGAUAGAGGGUCAAACUUCUAACCAAAUUGUAGUGUUUAUGCUGGAAAUUUUGAUCACACCCACGCAAAACUUCUUAACUGGGUAAUUCAAUGAUAACCAUUUAACCCAAUGAUUCCUUUCUAACACUGUUUUGGAAAACUAUGUGUUCCAGCUAUUCCUUUGAUAACAACUGUACAUUUUCGGGAAAUGCUAUAAUUAUGCUAUACUAAAAUAACAUUUAUAAGCACUAGAUUUUCUUAUCUUUUUACAGUUAUAAUAUACUGAAUUAUACUUCCAUGAAAUGUGCAAACGACAAUGGCCCAUUGUUCAGAACUUUAUUAAAGUUAACAACAUGAUUAAUGACAUCGUUGUUAACUUUUAAACUUUAAAUAUUUGAUAAUGAGCUCAUAGAUUUAAGUAAAACAAGCACAGCUGAAACAGUUGUCACAAAUCUACCGGUAGUUAUAAAUACUGCAGACCACCAGUGUUCCCAUUAACUAUCACAGUAGUAAUGAUUUGAAAGUUAACAACAAUAACGUUAGCAACGUUAUUGACUUGAACAAAGUUCUGAACAUCUGGCCCAUUGUCCUUCACUUGUACUACUUUUCAACUCUUUUAACAAUUUUUGGCGCUUUUAUUUUAAAUUUCUGUGAACUUCCUAAAGCAACACUUGUACAAAGGAGAUUUUUGUUCUUGAUUAAACCUUUCUCGUGUGUUUUUUUGGUCGAUAUACAGUUGUGUACAUAUAUGUAACAUCCAGUGUAUAAUGUUUCUUUACCUGUAUAUUUUGGUGACAGUGUAAAACCAGAAAUGAAGAAAACAACAGCAAAAUAUACAGAUUACAUGUUUGAAUAGUGUUUCGCAUUUGAAGAGAAAUGUAUAGUCUUGAGUCCAAGUAUUUCUUUCAAUUUAUGUUGAGGCUUUGUUUGAAGCUGCACAAUUUCAGUUCAAUACGUCUUUUUUAUUUGAACUAAAAUGUGAGUUUUUUAAGGUUUUUUCCCUAUGUCCAGUCCAUUAAACAAAUGGAAUAUUGUUUCUUUUUUAGAGACAGCAUCAAAAUGAUGGGCUUACUUCAUAACUUGGUUUGUGUAUAGCGCUGUCAGCACUUUGAAUUUUAAUCCGAUGAGCAGUAAUCUCUUGCAUAGAACAAAACACCCCAGCCUCAAAGAGCUGUCAUUUACAUUCAUUUACCUGUCCUUUUAUUGUACAACUCACAAGAUUUCACCAUUACGGAGAUCAAACCGGUUGUUUUUAUACAUAGCAUACUCCAAGGUAACAUAAUAUAAUGUUAAUUAUUUGUUUACUGCCUUUUUAAAACUAUAUCGAUAUAAGAAAUUACAUUUAAUGAUAUUAAAUUCAUAUCAAUAAUAGAAUCUAUAUUUUAUGAUAUUGAAUUGUUUUAACAGUGAUGAAAACUUUAAGCAGUUCAGAUUUUAUUGGCAUGUUGGCAAUGUGCCUUGAGCCAUUCACAAAUACAUAGUAAAAUGGCAUGGCCAAGACAUAGAGGUUAUACUGCAAACAAUGAACAUAUGAUCAUACACACAUAUAGUGUCUAUCAAUAAAAGAACAGAAAUAGUUUAAAUUAACACAAAAUAAUACUACGAAAUGUAUGUCUUCGCUAGCAGUGAAAUGACAUCAUUUCACUGUAGUGUUACCUGCAAUCCAGAGACUGGGGUAGGAGCCUAUUAGGAACUUCAAUUAAUUUUCCACAUAUCAAGAUGUUGUACAUACAUAUUGUAUUUGAUCUUUUAGUUUUUUUGUAUGACAUAUAUUGUAUGUAACAAGUUGUUGAUGAGCAAUAUAUUCCGGGAUGUUUAAUUUGUUCUAUGUUUUUUUCAUUUCAUGAUAUAAAGAAUAUAUCUGUUUUUGAUGAAAUUUUAAUUGCUUUCAGUGAUUUUUUAAACUUUUUAUUGUCAGGCUCUUAUUUUUAUGACUAUGGAAAAACAAAUGUUGUUUUUAAGACAGUAAUGUUGGUAAAUAAGGGAAUGUCAUUUGUUGUAAGAUAUUCUCUUUUUUGUUUUUGAACCUGUUUUAGAAUUAUUUUACAUCUUUUGAAAAUUACUGUAAUGUACUUAUCUUUUUCUUGUUUUUUCAUCAAUCUUGAUGAAUUGUUUUUAAAUGGUUUCUUUAAUUGUUUUGUGUGAACUUGAUUUUGCAGGAAGCAAAAUGGUAUCAUGUACACUUAGUUUUUUAUGCCCCCUUUUGAAAAAAGUGGGGUAUAUUGUUUUGCACAUGUCGGUCGGUCGGUCGGUCUGUCUGUCGGUCGGUCGGAAUACCAAAUGGUUUCCGAUCAAUAACUUGAGAACGCUUUGACCGAGGGACCUCAUACUUGGUAUGUGUAUUGGUCAUCACCAGCAGAUGAACCCUAUUGAUUUUGAGGUCAGUGGGUCAAAGGUCAAGGUCAGUGUGACCUUUACAUGAAAAACGGUUUCCGAUCAAUAACUUGAGAACGCUUUGACCCAGGAACCUCAUACUUGUUUCAUGUUUCUUUAACAUGAAUUCCAUUUGAAUUUCUUAUGAAAGGCAGAAAUAUAUUUUUUCUUUGCUCUUUUUCCUGUACAAUAAAUAAAACAAUAUUCAAUUGCACUGUGGCUGCAAUAAAGCUGUACAUAAACUGUAUAUCUACUAUAAUCUAGUGUAGAGGUCGCAUAUUUCCUUAUUUUUUUUAACUUCUUCCCGCCAACAAUAUGGUUAGGCACGGGUUCACACCCACAAGUGCUAUGGAACUAUACAUAUUGCCUGGCAAUUAACUUAGUGGUUAGGUCAUACAUGCUGGACCUUGAUGAUGGCAAAAUGAGAAAAAAUCAUAUGUACACUUUUAAGAAGAUAAUGUUAGUCAGUAUUUCUAAAAAAAAAUUAAAAAAAAUUGUGCUUCCUUUUUUGUCUCAUCACAAAUAUGGUUAUGUGCCGAUUAAUCCAGAUUGUUUUUCUUCUUCUGUAUACAUACUGGGUAAAACAACUUGCCAGCAUUAUUGCAGAAUGUCCCUAUAUAUCUAAAAUGUCCGUCCUUAAAGUGAUCUUUUUUAAUUUUCUUUUCUGAAAUGCCCAAUUUGAAGCAUUUCUCUCAAACAAAAUACAUUGUAUUGCACUAAUAGAAGAAAGAACUUAUAUUACUGAACAUAUUUUUUAGUCCUCUGUUUUAUGAAGAAGAAAUGAAGAUAUAUAGCCAUAGUCUUGGCAGUGUUGUAGGCAAUAGGCAAACGCAACAUGUUGGCCUUACAUGUUACUAGGAAAUAAAAGUAGGAAGGAAGCUGGAAUGAUGGCAUUUUGUGUUUAUGUCAAAUCUUUAAAAUUCAUUAAACCUAUAUGUAUCUUUUUUAAACUUGGAGAAAUAGAGUCUUAAGUUAAUAAGGAGCAUUUUUUAUUGCAAUUAACAUUUAAUACCAUGCCAUGUAAUUCUAAAUGUAUAUUGUCCUACUUAAUAACAAAAAUAUACUCCUCUAUAAAACUUGCAAAUAACAUCAAAAUGUAAUUUUGAUUAUUUUCCAUUUUUCUGCCAUUGCAGAUUACAUUUAUAACCAGGUUUUAAUUUACCGGUAGUAUACGUAGAAAGAGUUAAUAAAGGCGUUUAAGGCCCAUAGUGUUGAGGUCAAGGUCACUGUUAUUAAUAAAAGAAAAAAAAUAUUGAAACUGAAAAUACAUUAAGUCAGGGUUGACAUAUUAUGACCAAACUUGGUAUAUUGGAAGAGUUUAUGAAGAUCUUUCAUUGGAUUGCAUAUGGGGUUCCUAGGGUGUUAUUUACAAUAGGAAAACAAAUGUCUUUAGUUAUACAGUUCAUUUAUGAUAACUAAGCCUAUCUGUUUGUAAAAUGGAAACAUGUUUUCUUAUGAAUCAUAUUUUACUGUCAAUCAUUGAUAACCUGGUUUCGUUGCUUUGCGGUUUUUCUUGUUAUAAAGUGAAAUGGAACAUAAUUUUUUUCAGGUCAAUGGUUUUAAAAAAUAUUACAAAUUUCGAAUGUCAGUCAGUUUGAAAUACACAAACACUAGUUUAGAUGUAUUUUACAUUUAGUUUGAUUGAUGAAAAACAUUUUUGAUUACACAUAAAAAAAAGGUAAUUUACGAUAUAAUGUAAGUAAAAUGACAUAUCUUAACAUUAGCUUAAUAGCAAUGAAAAAAAUAAUAUACAUGAUACAUUUAUAUAAUGAAUAUAUCAAUAUAUAUAUAAAGCUAAAAGAAAUUGUAUAUGGUUAUGUAGAAUUCCUUAAUAUUCUUAUAUAAAGAAAUGGUUUUUUUUCUACAAUAUAGAAAGUUGUUUUGUAAACAUUCUUAUUUUAAUAACAUAUUUGUAAAUCAGUUCACAGGUCAGGCACAGGUAUGCCAAACCUUAUUGGAUUGUUUGUAGAUUACUUUUGAACAUAUUUUCUUUGAAGUCGUUUGUUCAGAAUCACUGCUAAUACAUUUUUUACGUUGGUCUUUUCUCGCAAGUGCUUGUUUUUUUUGUUACUGAAUUUUUUUUAGAAUAAUAACAAGCUGUAAUUAAAUGAAUUAAAAAUACAUCAUACAAAAUCCCAUAGUCUUGUAGUGGCCCUUCCUGAAGCAUUGUUGUUUGUACAAUAAUACAUUGAAAGCGAUCUUAUCCGCAAUGGUGAUCUUUAUAAUCUUUUAUGUUAUUUUACUAAAACUAGUUUUCAUUUCAUGAAUUGUUGUAUUAUGAGUUGUGGAUAUUGCUUACUAACAGUAUAACCACUUGGUUUCUAAAUAUUUUUAUCAGUGUUUUUUUCCAUCUCAGUAUAAAAUUAAAAGGAAAAGGAAGAAGAACAUUUGUAGAAAUGAACUAUCCUACUGCAUGGUUCAAAUGUGUUUUAAGAUACUUUGAACUUGUAGAUUAUGGUGUUCCUUUAAACCGUUGGUUUUUAAAGAAAUAUUUUUUAAACACUUUCCAUAAAGCAAGAUUUUGAUUUUUUAAUUUUAAUGUAUUUUUAUUUAUUUGCCAAUGCUUCAUUUGGUAAUUAUCCAGUGUUCUUCUUCUCUGUCUUUAUCUAGUGUCGAUUAGUUACAAAUGGGCUUUGUUUUUAUAUAAUUCCAACUUCUUACAUGCUGGUUAUAUGAUUAUCCUAUUAUAUACCAGAAGUCCUAAGUAUUUAAUAUUUUUUUCAACUAUUCUUACCUAAUAUUUGGGAUAUUGUCAUUUCAAAGCUUAUCUGUUUUUCAAAGAAAAAAGUGAGGUAAUGUCAUAGCCUGAGGUGAUGUCAUGGGCAUUGUGAGCGAAAUAUGAAACUGUAAUAUACAUGUUAGUAGUGACAGUACACUUCUGUGCAGCCAGACUAGAUAUCAGGGUUUAAUUACUGUCAACUUAAAAUACUUAUUAAUGGAUUAAAACUGACAAGCGUUCGCAUCAUUCUGUUUGCAUCAUUCUGUUUGCGGUGCCAUUGUUUACCCUUGGAAUAGUGUAUGUUCACUAAAAGAUUUAAUGUUGUAAGUGGACAUUUCUAAAAAUGUCAUUACCUAUGAUUUUCUUGCCACCAUUUAACUAAACAAAACAAUAUCCUGUACUUAAUUUCAAAGUGAACAUAGUGUUUAUGUCUUGCAAAAACGUAUUGUUACUGGUCAGUUUCAGGCUGUUCUUUUCUUUUCAAGAAAUGCCCUUACUCCUCCGGUUUUCUGUGUCUGUAGUCUACAAGUCCAGGCCAGUAUAGGAUGUCCUUAUUUGUUCUUCAGAGAAGUAUGCUAAAGGAAUUUUAACAUUUGAUUUUGAACAACUUCACUUAAACUCUAGGCCAAUUGCAAUGGUGGAUGGUCUUCUUCCAGAUUCCUUUAGAUAAAAUGUUGCCAUGGCAACCAAAAGGAACAACAUUGAAAAUCUUCUCCUAAGAAACCUUUGGCUAAGUUUAAAAAAAGGUCCUUUAUCAAAUUCUUUCAAGCCAUGUUGGUUUGUUAAAAACUGCCUACAGGGGGUGUGGCUAGUUUUCACUAUAUGAACAUCUUAAAAAAAUCUCCUGAAACCGCAGGAUAGCUUUCAAAAUAAUUUCACAGAAAUGUUCUUAUAUAAAAGGUCCUUUAUCAAAUUCCGUCAAACCAUGUUAGUUCCUAAAAAACAUGGCCGACAGGGCGGUGAUAUUUUUCCCUUUACGACUAUUUGAUUUUUUUUUGAAAAUCUCCUCCUCAGAAACCACUGGCCAAACUUUGAAUUUUUUGGAAAAUAUUCUCCUCAGAAACCACUGGCCAAACUUGGUUAUUCAAUUAGUGAAUGUUUAAAAGCAGAUGAUACUCUUAUCACUGUAAUUACUCUUGCUUAAUGUUUCCAAACGAGUUAUAGUUUAAGUUUGAUUAUUGGCCUGUCAAAAAUCAGUCAUUGUAUAUGGCAUUACGGUAAGUGCUGCAUCCAGAAACAUCUAAUGCCCAAUAUUCACAAAUAGCUAUAAUACAAUUCUUUAACAAAUAUAUGCCUAAUCAAUAUUUAUACAUACAUGCUGUAUGAAUAUGGGUCAUCAAACUUGAUCAGAAUAUUUGUGGUAUUUAUAUCAACUCAAGUUCUGAAAUGAUACCGGUAAACGAUUCUUGACCAUCAGGCCCCAUGUAGGUUUACUGUCGGUGCAUUGAAAUAAUUAUGUGUUGUGGUAUACAGCCAUACAUGUAAUGACUAACAAACGAUACACACUUGUCGUCUGCUCUAUUAAACUAUUGACACGUUUUAAGAGUGUAUUUUUACUGUCGUCUUUAAAGCAUUGUAUACUGUUAUAUACAUGUUUUACUGUGAACAAUUGUCAUAUAGAACUACUUCCUAUGUAUAACAUUCUUUUCCAAUGAUAAUUGUUAAACGGAAUUUAACAGAAAAUAAAUCUCUUCAUUUAUU